AUGAGGCCAGAAAUUGAUGUCAGAGUGACCAACCUCCGGUCCAAGGUGUCCUGCUCAGCAGUUGUCACUCUGGGAGAGCUCUUUGCCAUCUUGAAGAAGGAUAUGGACUCCGAGGCAGAUGAGGUUGCUGCUGUCCUUCUCCACAUGGUGCACAACUCCCCAGAGUUUAUUCAGAAGGCAGCCUGUCAGAGCCUGGGGAUGAUGGUAGAGAACAUGACUCCUGCACGAGCAAUGACUGUUCUCAUGGACAAGGGAGUCAAGAGCCGCUACACCCAGGCGCGGAAGUGUGCGGCCGAACUCCUCCUGUCCUUGGUGGAGAAAAUGGGAGUCACCAAGCUCGCAGGCACCCCCAGGGCUGAGAGGCUGGCACAGGUGGCAGGGACACUGGCUCAGGACUGUCACAAGGACACAAGGCAUUAUGGACAGGAGAUGGUGAAGAUGUUGCUGAAUAAUCAAAAAUUUAAAAAGCUUUUGGAACAAUCUCUUUCUCCACAUGACCUGGAAGAUAUUCUGACAAGAAUUAAGAAGAAAGGGAUGGAAAACCAGAAGAGUGAAUGCCCAUCUGUCAAGGAACCGGUGGAGAAGAGGAAUGAUGACAUGAAGGAGCCCCAGGCCACAUUGCCUCCUAGCAAACGGGCGAAGUCUGCCCCUGGUGGACGCCUCCUCCACCGUCCUAAAGCCCAGGUCACAUCACCUGCAGCUGUGGAAGGAAGGGAGUCCCUCCAGAAGAUUUACCAUCUCCUGGAAGCCAAGGGGUUUCAAACACGGAUGGAAGGAGUGGGACUCCUCCUAGAUCUAUGCAAAACCAGCCCCCAGCUUAUCUCCAGUAACAUUGUCCAAAUUUUUGAUUAUUUUCUCCUGAGAAUAAAUGACAGCCACAAGAAAGUGAAGCAGAAGGCACUGGAAGUGCUGGCAGAAAUCAUUGGACUCCUGGAAGAUGCCCUGAACCCGGUGAUGGUCCGUUUGGUGGAGGGAAUAACAAAGAACCUAAACUCAAAGGAUCCCGGGGUUCAUGCUGCAGCUGUGAACGCGCUGAACAAAUCCAUUGCUCAUUUGGAUGAAGUAUCAAUGAUGAAAGAGCUCAGCCACCAAUGGAGCCAGCUGAGUGGUGAAGCUCUGCUGGAUGUCACGGAGCGUAUCACAGUGCUUGUGGAAUGGGUUUAUGCCAGGAGCCCUGAAGUGGUCCAGCGCUACGCCCUGCCCGUGCUCUGGUCCUGCCUGGAGAACAAGGCGCUGCCUGUCCGAAGCGCCAACGUUUGCGCUGUGGUCACCAAGCUUGCCUGUGCCCUCUGCGAGGUGAUGGGCACCCAGCUGAUUAGGUGUGCUGAGAGCAAGCCUCCACACGUGCAGGAAAACCUCUCCAGCCUUUUGGGCUGGUGAAGGUUUGAUGUUCUCCAGAAAUCUGACCAAGUUCUGAGUUGGACACCUCCGGAUGGGAGUUUUAGCUGUGCCAAAAAUGACCAAAGACUAAGGAAGGGUGUGCAUCUGCCCCCGCUCUCUCCACCGCCCUUCCUAGUCAUGGCAUGGGGGCCUGAAAGAAAUCCAAACUGAGGACAAGCUGAAGACCAAGAAUGGAUCAGCCUCACACAGAGGCCUGACUGGCUUCUCUCUUGCCAAGAGGUUUCCUCUGGCAAGUCCUUCAAUGCUCCUUCCCUCCAAGCCAUUGCUGCCUAUCCCCAAGAUCUCUACUUCUCCCAAGGCAAGCAAGAUGUUCCAUGGAGAGAAGGAGACGGCAAAACCUGGCACCGGCUGGGAUCAGAAGAUUAGACACAAACAGCUGACUUAUGUGGGAAAAGGAACCAAGGAGACCAAGCUUAAGUCCUGUGAGGCCUGACUGGCUCCACUACUGCCCAGAAUCUUCCCCAGACACAUCCAAAUUCAAUCGUUCCCUCCAAGCACUUGCCUCCCAUCCGAGAGAGCUCUUCUCCAUUCACGCCAACCACAAUGUAUGAUGGAAAGAAAGAGGAAGGGAAAACUAGUGCUGGCUAUACAAAGAUACGGGAAGAAGCAACCAGGAGCAGACUUCAGAGGGAAAAGGACAUAAGACCUCCUUGUCAUAUUCCACUGGUUGGGAAAUGAAGAAGGCGUCACUGGGACUGCCUUUGAUCCCCCCAAUAUGCAAGGCAGGAAGUCUCCCUGUUGACAGUGCUGCAGGGUCUCUCCAAAGCCCUCUCCAGCUGGAUCUCCAGAAGUCUCGGGAGAUGAGGCAAAGACCCAGCAGGAGAAGACAAGAGAAGACAUCUGAAGAUGCAGCUUCUUCUGAAUCUACAACAAAAACCCAGAGAAAGAAGGAAAAGAGCUCUCAGCUCUCAGCUCUCAGGACCUGGGAUGCCUCUGUUCCAAGGCAACUCACAGACCUGUUUGGCUUGGAAUGGAGACAUGCCUGGCCUUGGGAAUGGAGAUCUGGGCUCCCAGCUGGCUCAGGGGGCCUUGGCCCAGGAGCCCCUUGAGCAUGGAUCAGCCUCACACAGAGGCCUGACUGGAUACUGUCUUACCAAGAAGUUUUGUCUGGUAGUUUCUGAAGUUCCUUUAUCAACAAAGUCCUUGCCUCCAGUCUAGAAGAACUGUCUUUCCUCGAAGAUCAGGAAGAAGCUGAC